UUGAUAAAACAAAUAAAAUAUAAAAAAAAGUUAGUAGGAUUACAAAUAGCAUUGAUGUAAAGAAAAGAAGAAUAAAAUAAUAAUGGAAUAUAAGGAAAUAAAAAAUAAAGAAAAUAUAAUGAUUUAACAUAAAAGAAAAACUCAGGAAUCGAAUAAAGAAUACAAAAAGAUUUUAUAUAGUAAGAAGUUUAAAAAUAAAAUAAAUAAUAUUCAGUUGAUUUAUUAAAAUAAAAAGAAAAAAUAUAUGAUAAAUUAUAAUAAUAAGGAAAAAAUAUAUCAAAAAUUUUAGUUGAUUUUGAAUUUAAAAAAAUUGAAAAUUGUGAAUAAUAAGAAAAAUUGUAAUUAGAAAAAGAAAGAAAAGAAUAUUAUGAAUAAAAAAAAUAAGAAUUAAUAGAAAGAGAAAAUAAUAUAUUGUAAAAAAAAUAUCUACUGAAAAAUUCUUAAAUGAAUAAAUAGUUUAUAUAAGAUGAAAUUGAAAGACAUGAAUGGGAAAAAGAUAUGUUAUAAGAAUUAGAGUAAGGAAUUACUGAAGAAAUGAGAUAUUUAACAUAAAAGAAUAUUAUUAAAUAAAGAUACGAUAAUCAUGCAACUUAGG